AUGGACCUGAGCGCCGCUGCCGCGCUGUGUCUCUGGCUGCUGAGCGCCUGCCGCCCCCGCGACGGCUUGGAGGCCGCGGCCGUACUUCGAGCGGCCGGGGCAGGACCGGCCUGGAACCCGGGGGGCGGCGGCGGCGGGCGCACCGCAGCCCCGGCUCCGGGUCCCUCAGCCUUCCAGGCUGCCGCAGCUCCCGGGGCCCGCGGUGCGCGCCGCGCAGCCGGUCCCGGCUUCAGGAACGGCUCCGUGGUGCCUCACCAUUUCAUGAUGUCGCUUUACCGGAGCCUCGCCGGGAGGGCUCCGGAAGGGGCAGCCUCUGCCCCAGGCCACAGCCGCGCGGACACCAUCACUGGCUUCGCAGACCAGGCGGCUCAAGACGAAUCGGCAUCCGAGACCGGCCAGAAGUUCCUGUUCGACGUCUCCAGCCUUCCCCACGCUGAUGAAGUAGUGGGCGCUGAGCUGCGCAUACCGCGUCGAGAGUCUCGGGAGCCAGCCACGGGCAGUGUGACCCCCUCGCCGCUGCUGCUGCUGUCCACCUGUCCUGGCGCCACCCAACCCCCUCACCUGCUGCACUCGCGGCCCGCCGGCUCCCUGGACGGUGCACGCUGGGAAGUGUUCGACGUGGCGGACGCGGUGCGCAGCCAUCGCCGCGAACCGCAAGGCUCCCGCCCGCUCUGCUUGGUGCUGCACGCGGUGGCGGGUUCGAGCCCGCUGGCCCCGCGGCGGCUGGGCGUAGGUUGGCGGGGAGGAGGCGGCACGGCGGCCGAGGAGGGCGCGCUGCUCGUGGUCUCCUCCCGCACGCACAGGAAGGAGAGCCUGUUUCGGGAGAUCCGCGCCCAGGCCCGCGCGCUCCGGGCCGCCCUGGCGGCAGAGGCUCCGUCCGCGCCGGGACCCCGCGUAGGGUCUCCGAAGGCGGCUGUGGGCGGACGCAGGUGGCGGCGGACCGCUCUGGCCGGGACACGGGUGGCACCGGGUAGCGGCGGCGGCGGCGGCGCGGGUGGGGGCGCGGGUCGCGGCGCUGGACGCCGGGGCCGGAGCCGCUGUAGCCGCAAACCGCUGCACGUGGACUUCAAGGAGCUGGGCUGGGACGACUGGAUCAUCGCGCCGCUGGACUACGAGGCGUAUCACUGCGAGGGCGUUUGCGACUUUCCCUUGCGCUCGCACCUGGAGCCCACCAACCACGCCAUCAUCCAGACGCUGCUCAACUCCAUGGCGCCCGACGCGGCCCCGGCCUCCUGCUGCGUGCCCGCUCGCCUCAGCCCCAUCAGCAUCCUCUACAUCGACGCAGCCAACAACGUGGUCUACAAGCAAUACGAGGACAUGGUGGUGGAAGCCUGCGGCUGCAGGUAGCGUGAAGCCCAGAGAGGGGCAGCCGUGCCACCGAAGACCCUCGCUGAAGAGCGGGUUCGGGCCAGGCUUGGCAUCCAGCCGUGUGAAGGGCGAACCCUGGCUCCGCGCUCGCAGAGGAGCACGCGUUCACACUCACACACUCCUUCACUCACGCACACUUUACCGUGAACAGCAGCGGCCAGAACCUUGGGCAGAGAUAGUCUGCCGCUGCUGAGUGCCACAGCCAUGCGUUUUGUUGUAAACAGAUCACCGUAGCCUGCUGCCUUCUUUUGGGAGAGGAGAAUGUUCAGAAUGUGUUCAGGUAGAAUCAGAUUAGGACUGGGGGCUCUUCUCUUGUUUCUGUCCAGGAGGGACGUCAAUAGCAGGUCUGAGUGAGAGAGUUCCUGGCGUUGCACCCGGGGUCCCACUGCAAGGCUGCAAUGCCCAGGUUCUGGACGUGUGCAUCGCAAAUCUUCUCACAUUAGGAACCAUUGCAAAAAGCAUCUUUUCUUGCGUCUUAAAAACAAAACAACAAAAAACAAAACUCUAACGUGGUGCUGCCCUAGUUUUGAAAAGCAAGUUUUGUUUGAAAGAAUGUGUUGUGAAGUUUUCCGUAUCUCUGCAAAGGUCAGUUCAGCACUGUGACCCUUCCCCCUCCCCCUUAAUCAAUUUUGAUUGGAAAUAAGCUGUCGAAUGGGAAGAAUUAGUUUUCUCUUUGGAUGGAACGGAAAUGGAGGGGGCAGGUUUGAAACUGCUCAGUCCGAGCUGCCGUGACGUUGGGGGAUGGGGUGGGACCUGCCAGGUGCAGAAGCGCCCAGGCUGGUGGGAGGGAGUCAGUGCAAUGACUGCGCACGGGCCGGCGGCAGCUGCUGCUUCUCCUAGGCAUGCCAGGAGCGUUUCCCGAGAAGUUGUCAGGGCUUGAGUGUCCUGGGGCCAGCUUCAGCGAGGACACAGGCUUCUCUUCCAGGUUGGCGCAGCCCCGCCCAGAGGCAUCCUCCCAGAGCUUGCGCUUAGCUAUCAUCUCUGGGCGGCUUUUACAAGCUUGGGCUGUGUUGCUGUAGUUUUUGGCAGUGUGAUGGUAACGGGGAAGUGAAGCCACACAAAAAUGCCUUUGUCAGACCUCAACUCACAACUCAGACCUGCAGCACCGCAGGGCGUCACUCCUCGCUCCCAGCUAGGCAAACUGUGGCCGCUUCUAAAGGACAGGGCUUUGGUAUGGGCAGCUUAGGGUGUAAGCCCGUCUCCCACUUCCCCAGUUUCGCCCUGAAGAAUGUUAUUUGUGUUUUUUGGUUCAUUCUUGCCUGACAGUCCUUUGGAGGUGGUGCGGUAGGCUUUGGUCAGUGGUUGGGAAAGAGAAGCUGGGCUCCACCCCUCAAGGACUCUUAGGGUUUCUUUGACAAACCCUGAAGCCAAAAUGUACUGGGAUUUCUCCUUUAGGCACAGAUGGAGAGGUAUUAAUUUUACCUGUGUCUUGAAUGCUAUGGUCCAGGACAACUUACAAGCAUUUUAAUUCUUAGUGGUUACACUUUACAUUCAAACAGGAAAGACAGAUUUAGACCUAGCUAAUUUAUUUAAGGCCUCCAUCUGAGUCCCUUUCAUUCUGUAAGAGUCCCACCAAAGGAGGAAAAUCCACGUAUAAUUUAUUUUUAAAAUUAAGAUUUAUUUUUUAUAACGUGAAGUUAGAUGUUAAGGUUGCGUGUGCAGCUAUA